ACCCUCUAGCCCAAACUUUUCAGACAUCAAAAGGUGAGAAGAAGAAUAAAAGCUCAGAGGUCAGGAAUAGAGGCACUUUCAUGCAGUGACCAGUCUGCGGCAACAUAUAAGAACCAAAACAGCAUAGGACGGCUUUACUUUCCUACAUUCUGCACUGGAGUGAACACUGACCUUCUAUCCAGAAGUAAGGGUUGAAUUCUUCAAAUUAAGGGCAUUUGUCACUGGAUCUAUAGAUCUAGAUUUCGCUCCUGUGAAACUCUGCACCUAUAGCUGAUAGACACCUCAUUUGCCUCACAUCAUGGGUGUCAGCAGGAAUUACUUUUGGAUUACGUGUUCAUCCAGCACAUCUGUUUUAUUGGCCUUUUUCCUGCUCUUCUGGGGGCCCUUCUGUGCACAGAGUAGCCCUAUCGGCUCCCCCGAGAGGCUACGCACCACUCCAGGACUGGAUGACGGACAUGGAGGGUUUCUGGAUCCUUCACUUCUGGAGCAGGACAGUGAGGUAGAUAUGCAGAGCUUGCUGGAGACCCUGAAGGGACAGUUUCUGCGCACUUUUAACCUGACACGUCCCGGCCACCCUGUGCAGCCAAGGGCAACUCGAAUAGAGCCCCCUGAGUACAUGCUGGAGCUCUACAACCGCUUCGCCAAUGACCGAACAGCAAUGCCUUCUGCAAACAUUGUACGCAGCUUUAAAAAUGAAGACUCCUCCCCAUACAGUGUGGGACCUGGUGGGGUGAGACGACACCCACUUAUCUUCAACGUCUCUAUCCCACAUCACGAGAGAGUCACCACAGCUGAGCUCCGACUGUACACUUUGGUCCAGACAGACCGCAACAAAUACGCUGGUGUUGACAGAAAAGUGACCAUAUAUGAGGUCAAACAGAUUGAAACGAAUAGCAGUCAGCAAAUAAGAGGGGACAAUAUUGAUGGAGGAAAUCGAACAAAGCAAGAGGGAGAAACAGAACUAGUGGAGUUGGCAUCUCGACAGGUUUACGGUACAGAUAACGGGUGGGAAUCCUUUGACAUGACAGCUGCGGUGCAUCUUUGGCGGAAAUCAGAUGAUGGUACCACCCACAAGCUGGAGGUCCACAUAGCCAGUUUGAACUCUCAGAGUUUGACGUCAACCGAAGGUAAGGAGGAAGGCAAUGACAGAGUAGGGGACAUGGACAUUGACACCAGUCCUGAGGACAAACACAAACCCUUAAUGAUCGUCUUCUCUGAUGACCAGAGUGGAGACCACCGUGGAGACAAACGAGAGCUCAAUGAGCUGAUCCAGCAUGAGACCACUGGGCCUGGUGUUCAAGACAACCUUGAGCUUGAACUGACCGGUCUCUGGGACGACCUGGAAGAUAUGGGACAAAAAGAUGGGAAUGAGGAAGAGGAGCAGAGCGAGGAGGCUCUCCUACAGAUGCGCUCCAACCUCAUCUAUGACACGGCGUCUAGAAUCCGACGCAAUGCCAAAGGCAACCAGUGUAAAAAGACCUCCCUCUAUGUGGACUUCAAAGACAUUGGCUGGGACAGUUGGAUCCUAGCACCCACCGGUUAUGAAGCCUUUGAGUGUACAGGGACGUGCACUUACCCUUUGACCAAACACGUUACACCUACAAAACAUGCCAUUGUGCAAACUUUGGUCAGUCUGAAAAGUCCACAAAGAGUGUCCAGGGCUUGUUGCGUUCCCACUGAACUAGAUCCCAUCUCCCUGCUCUACCUAGACGAUGCAGGUGUGGUGACAUAUCAGUAUAAAUAUGAAGGUAUGGUGGUAGCGAAGUGUGGAUGCAGAUAGUAUUUAAUGGACAUGGAGAAGUGGGGUGAAUCUGGGCCACAAGCUUAAAGUUUGGAUUGGAAAGAGACUAAAAGGCAGUCAUUGUCUACGACUAACAUUCCAAGUUUCUUCCAAAUGGCAGUGGAUGAGCUCUUACUCCCAACCUUAACAGCGUUAGCAGGAGUCGUGAAAUCAGUUGUGGAAUCAGCCAAUUCAGGAGGCACGUGACGAGGGGCCACAAUGCAACAUUUAGUGGGAACGGUGUCUAUUUCAUCCCUGCUGAACAAGGAUUGGGUGGAACAUAGGACAAUUAUUGAACCACUGACACGCCUCAAGAUCAGCCAGGAUAAAUGAGCUGUUCUUAUCAGUAAAGACUGAAGUUUAAGUCAGAGAUUAUAUCAACUCCAACUCGUUACAUACUUGGCCAUAUCGUUUGCGUCAGCAGAGUCCUCGCUAAGUGGGUGUUUCGUAAAGAUGGCAGCGAACUCAAGCACCACAGGGUCAGUCCAGUGACAUUACCAGAGACAAGAAGCCUGUGAAACGGCCUGUUUCCAGUUUCCACAAAGCUCAGUAUCGUAUCUGUCGUGACACUGCCAAGUCAAUAUGCAGCUUCCUGCUUAACAGAAUGCAUUUGAUAUGAACUGUCCAAGUUGAAAAGUCUUGUAAACGAGGGGUAAAACAGACCAGAACGGACUAGUCUGGACUUUCGAAUGUGUCUGAGAACAACUCCUACUCUGGAUAUCCACAGUCUUACGACAAUGGGUCUCAUUCAUUAACCAGUCAUACACAAAUUUGUGUGUGAAAUUCAUUCUAAAUUAAUGAAAACAUUGGGAAAAGCUAAAACAACACACCAGCAAAAAUCACAGACUCUGGGUGGAAGAUGAAAUUUUAUGAAUAGAUUUAAUCACAUGGAGUAAGAAAAGUACAUUAUAGCUCAAGUCACUGCUGAGGUGUGAGAAUGGGACAGUUGAUAAAGGAUGCAUGAUGUACAUCUUAGUCCGUCCGCCUCGUUCCAUUGGCGACAGACGUCAUCAACAAGGGGGAUACUGGAGGCUCUCACCCCUCCUGCUCCACAUGCCGUGUGAGCUGUGCUCCCACCCCGAAGCACAGCCAUGAUAAGAAGGUGUCAGGACUGAAAAACAUGUGUGUGAGGACCAAAGACAACUCCAAGAUGAUUCCUGGGAAUGAGAAGCCAGUUGGCAGUUGUAUAUCAUAUCUACUUUUUGACCCCAAUCUACCCUAAAGCGAAGACACAUCAUUUACUCCCCAUCGCUCUCCUCCUGUAGUCUUCUGUCAUUCUUCUUCUCCUUUUGGACCCUUAUCGCCGUCAGGGCAUGAGGAUGAAUGGAAACUGUCUCGCAAGGUCAUGCCACCCACAGAUAUGCUUCACAAGACUUUUCAACCUGAUAAUAUCUUCCAGGAUUAUUCCCAUGCCUGAUGCAUACUUUGCAUUACUGACUUUGAUAUCAACUUUACUGUUGUUGAAGUACAAAUUGUGUUCUGCUGCUUUGAAUAAUUAUAAAGCUUAUUUAUUGAUUAAUUUAUUUGUUUUUAUUAUUAUUUAGGUGACAUUGUAUAGUAAUACUGUACAUAUGACUACAUACACUAUUCAGAGAACAUGAUACUAUAUGAUGUUGUUGUGCAAAGAAUAUGGGUAUACAAGUAUAUAAAUUAAUUUAAAAUCAAAUUAUUAAUUGUAAUAAUUUAUCAUUUUCUCAUGUAGUAUGUGUUAAAAUACUCAGUGAUGUUGUAUGAGCUUUAAUCAACCGCUUUUCAAGCACUGACGUCUUGUUAUGAUUUGUAUAUAUCUUUAAAUAGUUUGUUGAUCCUGUUGUCCCUUGCACCCAGACACUCCAUAACUCCUUAACAAGAUAUAUUUAGCAACGAUCAGUCCAGAGCUGGCUGUUUAGACAUUGGGUGUGGGAGCGAUUCAUAAAUUUAACUUCCCAUUGAAGACCAGCAGCUCAAAGGCCCAUAGUUUACAUGUGUCAAACAGAUCCACAUCCAUGGGAAGCUGACUGGAAACUAACGACCACACAGGCUCAUCUUGAGACUGUGCAGAUGUAUUUGCUUCUUUUUUGGGGUUUGGGGUGGGGGGGCUUAGGAAGUGUUUAGCUUUAUUCUCUAUAUAUUUAAGAUGUGAAGUUGGUAUUGCCAGUUGCCAUUGUAAAACAAUGUAUUUUGCCAUGUACAAACGCACAGAAGUUGUAAAUAAAAUGAUAUUUUGAA